UAGUUUUAAACACACAGUAGAUUCCGGCACACACAGCAUUCGUCCUAUGAGAUUAACACACUAAUCGUGGGCCGGUAUAUAUUGUUCCAAUAGGCUCUAUUAAUCAGUCGACUAUUGACUAAGUCCGUGGCCUUAGCGUCCUUGGUUACCCGUCGCCAUGCUGUUCGAGCGUCUCCGUGAAUUAGACCUUACCUGGAUCAGCCCUCUAUAGCUACCGUUGUGUCGCUAACACCUGACAAACAGGGGAAAUUACACCUAUACAAAACCAGAAUAUUUGUUUCCUGGCAGUGGAUGAGCCAGUCGGAAGUGUUUCGACCAUCAAACGGAGAUUUAAUUGCGCGGCCAGGUCCCGUCGACGAAGGUUUCAUGGCGUCCGUUGACAGUUUUAGGAAGCUUGGAAGUCGCCCUUCUACCAAUGGAGGAUACCGAUUCGGCCAGCUCAGCCAGAACUCGUUCUUCACUCGCCAUAAUCCUCACCCAAACAGGGUCAGGCACAUCAAAGGUCUUUUAGAUGUGCCUAUCUGUGCUGUGAAUGACAAUGGCUACUUUUCUAGUCCAAAGUACUCCUUGCAAUUCCCUCCAAACGCUUUUAACAACAACAAGAUGAACAACCACGGCAAGGUUCCCGUCAACGCCAUCAACGUUAACUCUCAGCUCCACCCCAUCAAUACCGUGACGGGGCUACAGUACUUCACCGGCCUACAGAGCUACCCCUGGAGGGAAAAGGCCAUCCCCAAAGUCGGCAUGGUUCCUGUAACAGAGGCGUGGAGGGACGAACUCCAGCAGCUUACACGAAUCCUGAUGGGGGAGGAACAACAACAAAAACCGCAGGCUCUUUUGGCACCGAAGGAACCCGAACGACCACGGACCCUUUACUCCGCGGAAACGGGUCGACUUAUACCCCCACCUUCCCGUGCAAUGUCACGUGGGGCUUCCCGGCGUGCAUCUCGACAGGGCGCACGUGAACCACUGUUACGUCACAUAGCAGCACAGCCAGAUAUGGAAAGCAUGGUGUUGUCCAUGCUGUGUCAGAUCCUCCAGACAGAGGACAUUAACGCGGUCCAGGCUUGGCUAUGUUCGGCAGGGGAGCGAGAAAAGACGAUGGUGAUGGACAUGAUAAAAGCGGCCAUGGGGUCUAAGGAGACUUACUACAGACAUGACUACAACCCCGAAUUUAUGGAUGAGCAGAGAACUAUCCUGCCCCCUAUCGGCGAAGGUCAGAAACAAACUAUGCCUGGGGAUAUGGAGAGGACAAUUGACAGGCUCAUCCUGGAGGAUAACGGAGUCCCGGGGGAGCCACAGAUGCAGUCCAUGGGGCCUAAGGCUCCACCCAAACCCGUCAUUACUGAUCAGGAUGAGUUUGAGUUCCUCCCGGAAGUGCUAGGUUUCCAGGAGGUAGGAGAACUUACGACCAAUAUCCGUCCACCAGUAAGCGAAGCAUUCAAGAAACAAUUCUCACGCCCGCCGACCAAUGCCGGAAGACGGUCCCCAAUCAAGACCGAGGCUCCACCUGCCCCAGGAACCUCGUUCCGGUUUACCACAUCCGCGCAGGGCAAAAGGGAAGAUGCUGCAGCUAACCAAUCAAAACCAGCGCCAGUAGAUCAACAACGAGCGGAUGUGACAAGCCCUAAUACAUUUUAAUAUCAAACAAGUACAAGAGACAAUCUAACCAUUUUGUAAAAUGAACACUUUACUGCUGAUUCGAGGAGAGAUACAAGAACGUCCUGUUAACAAAUGGAACUUAUACACUGUACUUGUUUGAAUAUUUUUGCAUUGAAGAUCACUUAAUAUUUUCGUAUUAAAGAUCACACAAGAUUGACCAGGACUUGUUUAGGCUGGGUUUCUGGAGGUUAAUUUGUGUUAUAUUUUUUGAUCAAGAUUGACCUUUAACCUUCUCAUACAGGACAAAUAUAAGAGUGAACUAUUCGUUCUUAAUAUUCUAAAUAUUACUGACCUUCAUAGGUAAAAAUCUACAUCGAGGCCCUACCUUAUCAUUUAAGAUUACAGGUCAUUAUUUUAUUGUUGGAACAUGAACAGGGUAUUUUCUGAAUGGUAUAACUGAAAAUGACUUAAAAGUGAGUCCAGAUUAUAAUUUAUUGAUAAAUUGAAAUAUGUUAUCAAAUGACAUAUUUAUCAUUGAUCAGGCCGUUUUUUUCUCACAGUUAUGAAUGUGAAGCAUACAUAUAGUUAAGACAGAAACAGUAUUUCCAGGUUUGUAUAAGUAUAAGAAACUGAGGAUUUGCCCUAUUAAAUAUACGAAACGUAUUUCAACUGAGUGGUGGAAAUAACGGUCUGGUAAUGAAACAAGUCGUCGACGUUUUGACAUUUAUAUUGGAACUGCACAAACUUAUAACCACAUUGACACAAACUUGUAGAUGUUUUACGAUCUUAAAUUAUUUUAUAUGUUUUUGCAUACUUUAAUAUGUCUGUUUUCAUGUGAUAAAACACAUUUAAUAUCAUUGUAACACAACUGAUCAUGUUUUAUUACCACUGUCGUACUGUGUGACCAUGUGUUAGAUAACAUACUCGCUAUGAAAGGGAGGUAACUUCUUGAAAGGGAGGUAACCUCUCACAUAAACGCCGUCCAAGGAAUCUGUGAUAUAUUUUGUAUAUAUAUAUAUAUAUAUUAGAAUUAGAAAACAAAUACUAUAAUACAUAAGUUAUUGUUAUGCGCCUUUACAACAGUAUUACUUAUAUAGGUCUGUUUCGUCUAGUUUUUGUGAUGUGUUUAUUGUCGUAUAUAUAUACUUUGUAAAUGUGUAUAUAUAAAUCUGGGACGAGACAAAAGGCUGUGUGAAUGAGAAUGCUCAAGGCAAAUCCUAAUUACAAUAAAUACUGUACUUGCUCAACUGUUAUAUAUCCGUGACAUUAAACGCUGCAGUGUUGUAUCAUCA